AAUCUCAAAGGAAAACACACUGUCGUGGACACUCACAAAGAAUUCACAUUUUUCAGCGCGGACGCAAGCGUCGGUCAUAACAAACAAAUAUAAUUUUUUUUUUCAUCGACCAGUGAUGUGACAGAAUGUCGAGUGAGAGCAGCUCAAGCAAACAAUUCGGGUUGUACAGGACGAUAGAUGAAAGGACAGAGGAGUUUCUUAAGUUGUCAAGGAAACGGCAGAUGCGGCAGGGAUGCCUCUGCGCAGCCAUCUCGACGGCGAUAACUGUUACUGUUGUUAUUAUAGUUCUACUCAUCUACGAGAAUCUGAUUAUAGUAGAAUCUAACGCAGUACAAAAUCUCAAGUCUAAAUAUAAGCUUGUUAAGGAUCAACCAAUUGCUGACAGACUUGAUAGAAGCUAUUUUGGCUUUGAUCAAGAUUAUUUUGAGAGAAUGCCACUGCUUGUAAAUGCAUUGCAAGAAAAUAGUUAUAUAGAGCCAACGGCAGAAACAUCUGUUCCAGUAACAAUCAUGAGGAAGAAACAACGCUCCCAAAUAAAUACCCUUAGCCAAAUCACGAGAUCACAAACAAUGUACAAAUCAGUACGAAAAACAACACCUAAACCGUUUUCGUACGAAUAUAGAAGUCCUAACCCGACACCAUUCAGCAAGAACUUUAACUCUAGGAGUUGGGUAGAAAGUUACCGUAAUGCUCAGAGAUUAAAGAAUCUUAACCAAGUCAUUAAAUACCUUGAGAAAACUUUAAACGCAAAGUUUGGGGAUGUAAGCGAGCCAUCAACUGCACAAAUAGCAUUUUCUGGUGUUUAUGUAGCACCAAUUGAAAAAAAGAAACCAAAACACCAAGAUAUCAGUUAUGAAGCGCAAGGAUCUAGGCAAGUUGAAUAUCAACAUAAUCAUGUUUCAGAUCCAUUAUUUGUAUUUAAACCAGAUAGUCCAGGUGACAUUAAUUUAUUGGCAGAAGGUUAUAGAUUCUCACCCUUACUGACAUCACACAAGACAAGUAUCAAACACAGACCAAUGUUUAGACCCGUAAGUCAACAUAAAAGAAAGUGUAUCGGAGUAACGUGUAUUAAAAUGUCCGAUUCUCACGACGUUGAUGCAAUUCAUUUUACUGGAAUUCAAGCGACUAGAUUUGACAAACCAAGAGCAUUCGGGGUAAUGCUCGAUUUGUAUCCCUUAAAAUCAACCAGUUCUUACGAAGACUUAGAUCCUAAAAGCACUUCGGCAAUAGAUAACAUUUACAUCACGACGUCACGUCCACAAUAUCAGUUUAAAAAGAAAUCAAACAAUUCAAAAGAAAGAAGAACGUCAUUUAAGCCAAGGAGACCUAAAAUUCUAUCAAACAGAAAUAUACAGUUAACAACGACACAAAAAACAAAUUUUGAGACCACAGAAGUACCACAAAUGGUUGUGCAUUUUAAUGUAUAUUCUGUAAGAACGAACCCUACGUAUCCAAAUGAGCAAAACACAUCAUAUAGUACUACAAGUACUAGUACAACUACGACUCCCCAAAUACCUUACAACAACAUAUAUGACGUACAACUUCCUGUUUUAAAUACAUCUUUUGUUGAAGAUUAUCAUGCAGGCAGUUCGGGCGUAAUACCUGUUGAAUAUAGAACACCUCUUCCUCCGGUUUAUCCAAUUACAACACCUACGGUACCACAGUUUGAUUCAACAUACUCAUUUACAGAAGCACACGUAACGAAUCCCCCAGAAAUUUUCAAAUUUAGCCCCGAAGAUGCCAAAGUACCAGACGAAUAUUUGAAUCUGCGGAAGUCAGAUGUAAGUAUGAUGAGUGAAUCAGAUUUAGAAACAAAAAAUAUCGAAGAUUACACAAAAGCAUACACUGAAUCAGACAGCGAUAGUACACAGCUGAUGGAUGGUAAUGAGGAUUCCAAAAUGCUAGUUAUAAAACUCAAGAAUGUUUUACAAACAACUACAGAUGCACCAGUCACAGAAUUCUAUACGGAUACCACAACUGAGAAUCAACCAACAGAAUCAACAGAAAAAGCAGAAGAUACGUACGUACCAACUAUAAAUGGACACUACAGGAGUAUAAAACGCAAAACCUUAAACAUAUUAUUUAAUGAGAAUUCAGAAAAAUACAGAAAGAAGAGGCUUGAAACUGCAAUCAGUUUUCAACGAUCAACUUAUGUUCCCAUGUAUGUGGAAAUAAAAAGGAAUCGUACGAAUACAUCUAUCGAAAAUGACUAAAUGUGCUUUGUUCUAUUUCUUAACCCACCGAAUUAUUUUACAAACUCACAGUUUGGUCCUUUUUCACUUGAUUCAGAGUCACAUUUUACUAUGAAAGCAUUAUCUUAGCUUCAUCUUUUCACCACACUGGAAUUUGAACUGAUUCCAGACGUCACACUGGAACCCCCCGGAAUUAUGUCAAUAUUACUUGACUUUAACAAACAUUUUAUUGAUUUCGUAUUCCUCUAUAACUGUAUUUAAUAUAACCUUAUUCUUAAUUCUCUUAUUAAUUGUCAGUAACUCCUUUUUAAUUUUAAUAUUUAUAACGUGAAACAGCCUCAUUGGUUUAUAAAUUAAAAUAAACCAAUCAAUAUUUA